AUGGCUGAAGCAGCAAAAGACCACAUCACGGACGUCGUCGAACAGAGCGGCGGCGACAAUUCUCAAGUUCCAGUAACAGGUUUUCAAGUUGUUCAUCCAUCAAGAGCAGACACGACGCACACAUCCAGAAUCGAUGAUUGGGAUUACAUCGACCACCUUAUAAUUACUGACAGGCAGGAUAUGGACCAGCUCAAGAAACAAAUGGCAUAUGUUCUGGGUGAAGUGCAGAAUCUUCAGAGCGAACUGCAGGAUUUUAAGAACGAAAUUGACGAACGUCUUUGGCAGUUUGAGACGGGCGUCAAACCGCUAACCACGAAGCCUGAAUUUGGUCAGCCUGAACUUGGAUCGCACCGGCAAGCCUCGAUAGCCUGGAUAACGGGGGUAAUCCUCAAGCUCCAUUACGAUGAACAGAAACGCCGGCUACCUAGCCGAAGAGACGUUAAGACCAAAGUUGUACCUCGCUCCAAAAACGACUAUCUCGUGGCAUCACUUGAGGAGUCGGAUGAACGCCAGCGUAUGUUGGACGGCUGCACACAUCUUUGGAAGAGACUCAAAGAGCAGAUACGGCCCAAAAAGCUACCGUACUAA